ACUCUCUAUAGUAUAAUGAAUGUGAAAGAUGAGAUUUUGUACUACAUAGAGGGCAAAAGAGGCGAGGAGGUCAUAAUGGCGACAACCCAACAUUUUAGGAAGAGCAGAAAAAGAAGAGGAUCUCUGGGUAAAUGCAGUGAUUUGUCUCUUUUUCAAAUCUGUGGGCCGAACAAUGGCCAUGACUUUUGGAUGAAGACGCCAAAUGCUAAUGACAUUGACUGGCUUGUUGAAGGCAGGGAAUGGCCACCACCACAUGUUCUUCAGGGCUUCUAUCUUCAAAAGAUAAGCCUAUUAUUGUAUUCUUCCAUGUCUGCUGCUGCAAAGGUGGAACUCUGUGAUUUGUCAACCCUCUAUUUCAAGGAGACCUCCCGGAAAAGAUAUUCAUGGAGUGAACUGAAGACAAUGGCGACGGAUUGAAGAGGGAAGAGGGCAGCGACCAAGAGAUGGAAGAAAAUUUAAUUUGUUCGUUAUGAGAUAUAUAUUGACCGAUUCUCUCACCAUUUUCAAUUUCUAUUUCUUGAGUUGAAAUGUUUCUGAUGAAUCUUGUGAGCUCCUGUAAUGUCUGAGGAUAGAGCAAGAGAUUAGCCGCGUAUUCUGGGCUGUUUUGCUGUGGAGGAAUGAGACUAAAUUGUUAUUGUUAAUUAAAAGAA